GGGUCUGCUCUGGUUUUUACUUCUUGUCGGCUUUCUCAACCGUACUUAAUAUAAAUAUCUUGAACCUUCUUCUUAAAAUCCAAAUUUUCUUUUCACAUGUAAACAAACAGCAUAUAAACGAUGGACCAACACUUGAUGAGCAAUAGAAACGGAGUACAAAAUCGCGAGACAUUUCACAAGUUUUUCGAGUCAUGGCUUGUUGAACAGAACCAAGAUUUGGACCAGCUUGUGCGCGCCUCAAAAGAUGUCAAUGCCAUAGAAGAAAACAAUCGUAGAAUGUUGUUGCCUUUGAUUCAACGUGUUAUACACCACUAUGAGAAUUAUUACAAAGAAAAAUCAACAAGUGCUAAAGAAGAUGUUUUAGGCAUGUUAAAUCCAACAUGGAGAAGUAAUCUUGAAGAUGCAUUUUUAUGGAUUGGAGGAUGGAGACCAAGUAUGGCUUUUCAUUUAUUGUAUUCGAAAUCGGGUUUACAACUUGAAGCUGGUUUUCAUGAUUUAUUUAGAGGAAUUAGUACAGGAGAUUUAGGAGAUCUUUCUGGUAUUCAACUUGGGAAAAUUGAUGAGUUACAAAAUAAGACAUUAAGGGAAGAAAAAAAAUUGAGUGAAAGAUUAGCUAAAGUUCAAGAAACAAUUGCAGAUACAUCAAUGGUUGAAUUAUCACAUAUAGUGAGUGAAAUAUUAAGGGAAGAGGGAAGACAAGUAGAGGAAAAUGAGGAGGAAAAAGUGAAGAAUAAUAUUGCUAAAAAAGAGGAAAAUUUAUUGGAGGUUUUGAAAAAGGCUGAUGAUUUAAGGUUGAGGACACUAAAGGAUAUUUUGGGAAUUUUGAAACCAAUUCAAGCUGUUCAUUUCUUGAUUGCUGCUGCUGAGCUUCAUUUGAGGAUUCAUGAAUGGGGUAUGAAGAAAGAUAUUGCUGCUGUUAAUUCCCACAACCAUGGUCAUGGGGUCGUCAAUAAUAACAGAGACGGAGUCAGAAUUUGAGGUUUACGGGUUCUGAACUUGCCACCGAAUGCGCCCCUGAUCAAUAACCAUAUGAUCAACUUAUAGUAAGGAUAGUACUUCUUACUGCUUAAGGAGUCAAUAUUAGUACUAAUUAGAUUAUUAUAAUAGGAUGAAGAUCUUUAAUUUUAGGUCCUUUUUAUUCAUUUCUGUUUAUGUGGAUUAAUUUUCUUCAGUUUGCAGAGACAUGAUAGCUAAGAUUUUGAUGUAGAAUGAAGAAGUUGUCUUUAGGUCCUUUUAAUUUCAUUUAUGUUAUUGUUGUCUUUGCAUAAAGUAGGGUAGGGAGUCUCCAUCAAACCAGGUACUCUAUUUGUUUUGUUAUAUAUGACAUUAUAUUUUAUUGGGUAUUUA